AAAUGUCUUUCUCUGGAUUUGUUCGUGACCUCUCUCUCUGCGCUUCUCACAGUUCUCAUGGGAGUGGGAGAGGCGGCGGCGACACCAGAUGCAACCCAAGCUCCCAGAUCCGGCUACUGGCACUAACCCUAGCAGCAUUCCCCCUCUCAAUGCCUCCCUCCUAGGGCUCGCCCCCGCCGCCGGAGCUCCCGCCUCCAUGUUCCAUGCCCCCUCCCUCCCAAUGCGAGGCUCCCACCACCGCCGAGCCAGAUCUGAGUUCGCAUUCCGCCUCCCGGAGGACGAUCGAAGUGCGGCGGCCGUCGGGGGCGCUGACGAGGUGGGCUCCGAUGAGGACCUCUUCAGCACUUUCAUGGACAUCGAAAAGAUCGGCUGCAAGCUGGAGGCCAGCGGAUCCGGGUCGGAGGGCGGCGGGGAGUGCACUGAUCGGACGGCGGAGAGCUCCGGGCUCGGCGAGGAGAGAAAGGUCGGGGAGGACGUCGCGGGAGCGAAUCAGAAGCAUAGGCAUAGCGUUUCGGUCGACGGAUCGUCGGCGGCGGUGUCGCUGAAGAGGGAACCGGCGUUUGGAGAAGUCAUGGAGGCGAAGAAGGCUAUGACGCCGGAGCAGCUUUCGGAGCUCGCCGUCGUUGAUCCUAAGAGAGCCAAAAGAAUUCUAGCAAAUCGACAGUCUGCAGCUCGCUCCAAAGAAAGAAAGGCUCGCUAUAUAUUAGAACUUGAAAGGAAAGUUCAGACUCUCCAAACUGAAGCUACAACUCUCUCUGCACAACUAACACUGUUUCAGAGAGACACAGCUGGACUAUCUGCAGAGAACAAUGAACUUAAGCUACGGUUACAAGCCAUGGAACAGCAAGCUCAAUUACGUGAUGCACUGAAUGAGGCGUUAAAGCAAGACGUUCAAAGACUGAAGGCUGCAACAGGUGAAAUUUUAAAACCCGACGAAGCAUACAACAUUGGACUACAUAAUGUACCUUUCAACCCAUCAUUCUUCAUGCUUCCCCAACAACAGUCGGUCCACCUCCAAGCUAUCCAGUUAAGACCGCCUUUGUUCGACCAACCACAGCCUGGUGUUGCAAACCAGCAAAUGCAUCAACAACUCAAAGACCAUCCCGACGAACUGCAGCAAGACCCCCUUGGAAGGCUUCAGGGAUUGGAUAUCAACAAAGGUUCCCAACGCACAAAAUCUGAGAGUUCCACAGUUUCUGUGAGUGAAAGCAGCAGCACUUUCUAACAAUCCUUAUUCAACAAGCUCACAGUAGACCUGUUGAGAUCAACACCCUGAUGCUCCAUGAAUGCUGUAUUCUUUAUUCAUUGAUUGUAUUGAUCCGAAACUGUUUUGUGGAAGUUCUGGUGAGAGCAUCAUUUGUCUCCUUGGUCCAUCAGUCAAGGUCCCAAAUUUGGAUUUGUGUGCUUGAUCUUUGCAUGUUCAAUAGUAUGCAUCUAUCUACCUUGUGUUCUAAAGUUGAAAAUGUGUGCUUCUAACAUUUAUCCCAGAACAAAUUGUGUAUGUUCAUACCUCAAAACUAUUGAUGUGUUCGUCAUGAUUUGUGCA